AUGACCAACAUAGCGGAUUCGGUAUUUGAAACAGAGACUGCCGAGAUAUCUCCAGUUAAAACAUGCGAAAUUAUCACUAACAAUAACCCGGCAGUUACUGAAUCGACCCCGUUGAAACAUCUCAGUUGGUCGUACAAUACUUUUACCAACGAUAUGAAAGGGGUUAAAGCGGACAUAACAGUUAUUCAAAAACAAAUAACAUCUAUAAACAAUGUUAAUACCUCUAUCAACGCGAUUAUAGAAUCUAUUAGUAAAGUUUUGGACUCUACAGAAAACCGUCAAAUAUCGUACGACACCAGAAUGGAGACCUUGCUUAAGGAGUUUUCCAUAAUUUUAGACGAGAAAAACAGAGCGAUAAACGAGCGAGAUAUCACUAUUAAACAGCUUCAAGCGAAUUUGUCAGAAAUUUAAAAUGAUAGAAACUCAUUAAAUCUUAAGAAUUCACCAACAAAGCAUGUUGACAAUAAAAGUAAGACUGCAUCGCCGCCAAUGCAGCCCUUGAUGUGUCAAAUGAAUAAUAUUGAGGAUUUAAUCAACUUGUCUAAAAUUAACGAUCUAUGUGAUAUUGAAAUCGAUGUCUUGGGCGAUGCAUCCAAAUCUGAUGAUAUGCUUCUGAGUCCAAAUAAUUCUACUAUAAAGGAACUUGAGGCCUUUAUUGACAAGUCUUUCUAUAGCGCCUCUGUCGAGCUAUCUAAUCCUGUCCAGCCGACGGACUUCUCUACUCUAGCGCAAAGACGCUUUGAAGAGGACCUGCCUAAGCCCGAAGCUCAAUUUCUAACAUUUAAAGAAAAUGUUGAAACUCGGCUGCAAGUUUUGUCGUACAAACUCUUUGAACAGAAUAAUACCAUAAAUAUAAAUAAACAAGAGCUAUGCAAAUUGACCUGCAAAAAUUUACAUCUUAAAUCACGUAUCUCGGAGUUGGAGGGGAGCUUGUCGCCAAAGAAUACAACAAAUGGGAGUAGUGACCUGAGCCCGUGUGAAAAAAUAGUUAAAGGAAAUAAUAUCUUAACUGCGAAUAUAGAUGCUUGCGCUAUUUCUAGUCGCCUUUCGCCUGGAACAGCUGCAUAUGUCGAUGACAGCGAUGAAUAUGCUAUCUCAACUGCGAAUGCCGAUGCUUGUGCUGUUCCUAGUGACAGUCCACCCGAAAAAAGUGCGCAUGCUGAUGAUGCUUCGGCCCCUAUAAGUCAACAGUGUGGUGAAGAUAACAACGGAGAAUAUGAUAAAGAGACUUUGAACCGGACUGACAAUAUCGUCAACCCAGAACGCACAAAAAAGCUCGUAAAGCCCGCCAUAAUGUGCAAUAGUAAGUCAACGAUAUGUCAACAGAAAAUGUAUGGGAAAUCCCCCCUUCAGGAUCGGACAAUGCCACAAGAUUGGUUAAAUUAUCUCCCUUUUGUAGAAACCGGUCAAGAGGAAAAUGUUAAUUCGAAUGUUUCGAUGCAACUAGAUUAUAAUCCUACGAGAGAGAAUCCGGUAGAAACGCUACCAUUGACUAAGAUGUCACCUCGGACUAUUUCUCAUAAUAAUACCAACGUUAUUCCCGAUGAAGUUCUACACACGCCUAUUGCGUUACUGGGCGCUGAUUCUAGUAAUGUGUGCAUGGAAGAUCAGUUAAAAGCAUAUCGACGCAAACAUCAAACGGUAAACCGCAUAAAGCAAUGUCCAAAUCCCAUGCAACCCAAAAAGGUUAGGUUUUUUAAAGAACAAUCAAAACCAUACUGUGGUAGAGUUAAUAAAACCCGAUUCCAGACAGAGUAUAACCAGGAGUUUUUUCGGGAGGGAAAUGCGUAUCGACACACGAACGACUGGCUACAUCACUUAAAUCUUGUUCGCCGAUUAACACAAUGACAACACUCCAACAACGGCACCAGGGACCGCACCACCCUUUAACUUUACCUAUCCCUAUCCCUGUACGAAUUACUAACCGAGACACAAUCGCAUCACAGCGUAACCCAAUCGCUAAUGAACUUGUAAAUCCUGAGCAAUUGCGAAAAGUCAGACAUACCAAACAAAUACCAACAACAUUGACAUCAGCCAGAAUUCAUAAUCCUGCAAACUGUGUCCAAAUUACCCUCGCUACCGCGAUGGAAUCAACAGUUGCAUGUGCUCCAGAAAAUGUAUUCGUUCCAAGUGUUCUCCUUUCCAAUGUGAUGUCCUUAGCGCCGAAAACUGAUGAGAUUCAACAUUGCGUUGUGCACGCAAAUGAACGCUUAAAAUUUGAGUCUACGUUACCCUCCACCAAAAUACCAAACCUUUUAAUUUGUAAUCUCCGCUCCCUGACGUCCAAGGUCGACGAACUUGACGCUGUGGUGUCUUUUAACCAAACGGACAUGGUCUGCAUUACAGAGACUUGGUUAUCUCCUGCAAUUCCUGACAACUUGGUAUCCUUCUCCAAUUUCAAUCUGUUUAGGAACGAUAGACUGGUUUCAAACGGCGGAGGUGUUUGUGCCUACAUAAAUAGCAAUAUCUAUUGUAGACGAAUUGAGGAAUUUGAAAACUCUUCGAUUGAAUCACUGUGGUUAUCAGUGAGACCAAAGAAGCUACCCCGCUCUGUCUCGGUUAUCUUACUGGCUGUUGUUUACCAUUCAACAGCAUCCCGCCAAACUGAAAAUGUAGAAUUGUAUUCACACAUUCAAACCAAUGUGGACUCAUUUUUAUAUUCCCACCCUGAAGCUUUGGUCCUAAUUACGGGCGACUUCAAUUUUAGAAGCACGGGUCUCGAUGCAAACCAUCUUAAAAGAAUUGCUGGUCUGACGCAGAUAGUCAAGGUAGCUACCAGAGCUGAUGUAACUUUAGACUGGUGUUUAACCAACUCAAAGGUGGAUAAUAUUUACGAAUCAAUCCAACUUCCUCCCAUUGGAACCAGUGAUCAUUAUACGAUUCUUAUGAAAGCCCAACCUUCUCCCUCAAAGCCAGACAAUUCACAUAUAUGGAAACGCGAUCUCAGAGAUAGCAGGAUACGGCCUUUUGGACGAUAUAUCACUACAUUUGACUGGUCUCCUAUCUUGGACAUACAUGACUGUGAUACAAAAUAUAAAAAGUUUAACGAUACAAUGACUGUGAUGAUUGAAAAAUUCUUUCCCUUGGAACGGAUUAAAGUACGAAAGUGUGAUAAGCCUUGGAUGACGUCAUCAAUAAAGUCUGCUAUUGGGAGACGCCAAAAAGCCUUACACGAAAGCGGGAAAAAUUCAGAUAUUUAUAAAUAUUGGCGUAAUAGAGUCCAAUCAUGCAUUAAAGUUGCACGAAAGAUCUACUAUAUGAGGUCAGUUGAGAAAUUAAAAAAUUCUAACCCGGCAAGAUGGUGGAAAGAAGUGAAAGCCAUUGGUGGUCUCUCGUCAAAAAAUUCUUGGUAUUCUCAGCUAUUUUCUGAUGAUGUUCGGAAUUGCGAAGAACUGGCCGAAAAUUUUAAUAACUUUCUUACUGCCCUUACAUCACAUUUUGACCCUCUAACUCUCGACGAAAUCCAGGAGGGCCUAGAAGUACCAAACCAUUACCUCGUUGACGCCCAACAGAUCUAUAUGAAACUUAGUAAAAUUAAAACCACAAAAUCACCGGGUCCUGACAUGUUUCCAAAUAAAAUCCUGAAAACAUUUGCCUUUGAGCUUGCCCCAGUUAUCUCAGACAUUUUCAACUCAUCCAUGACACAAGGCACCUUCCCAAGGGCAUUGAAGAGAUCUAUUGUAGUGCCUGUCCCUAAGGUAUCACCCCCAAAGAGUAUUGAAGACGACCUACGACCAAUAUCUUUAACAUCCCAGAUCGCCAAAGUUAUGGAGGAUUGUACUUUGGACAAUUUUUUUCCUGAAGUUGUAAAUAAACUUGACACCAAACAAUUUGCACUCCCAAAGAAAUCAACGACCCACGCUUUGGUCUACCUUUUACAUUCAAUCUUGGUUGCUCUUGAGAGAGGUUCCUGUACUGCCAGAUUGUUCUUUGCAGAUUUCAAGAAAGGUUUUGACCUAGUAGACCACAAUGUUAUUAUUAAAGAAUUAACCCUGCUUGGUACCCAUCCCUCUAUAAUUCGGUGGAUUAAAGCCUUCCUCUGCGAUCGCGAACAAUGUGUCCGGGUGGGAACUUCUAUGUCCUCUUGGAAGAAAACAAAUGGUGGCUUGCCACAAGGUACAAAGUUGGGUCCAUUAUUGUUUGCUGUUCUCAUUAAUUCCUUGCUUAAAAACUGGCCCAGUAGGAUCAAGUUUGUGGAUGACACCUCAGCCCUAGAGAUUAUACCACGUUUUUCAUCCAGUUUAAUGCCAUUAGUCGUAAAUGAAAUCUCGGACUACGCCUUAGAACGUGGAAUGGAACUAAAUUAUAAGAAAUGCAAACCAAUGUUGAUCAACUUUCUUAAAUAUAAAGGAUCUGAUGAUGAAAACCCGAUCUAUGUUGCAGGUAAACCGGUGGAAACUGUGUCCUCUUUCAAACUCCUAGGUGUAUGGAUAUCAAAUGACUUGUCAUGGAAUACUCAUGUCGACAUGGUAUUGAAAAAGGCAAAUUCUCGCUUAUACGCAUUGCGUCUGUUAAAAAAGGCUGGUCUCCAAGCAUCUGACAUCGUCCAAAUAUAUAUCUCAUUCAUCAGAUCCAGAAUUGAAUAUGCAUCCCCUGUAUGGUCGUCAAUACCUAAAUCAUUAUCUGACAUUCUCGAAUCUGUUCAAAAGAGAGCAUUGAGAAUAGCUUAUCCAGAUCUGUUAUAUGAUGAAGCCCUUGAAAUUUCAAACUUACAGUAUCUGAGUACUCGAAGAGACAUCUCUUGCAAGAAAUUCGUCGAAUCUCUGCGACGUGAUGUUUCACCCUACAACCCUUUGACCCAAAUUAUGGAAAUUCGUCCCGGGGUAAAAACUCAUGACUAUGACUUAAGGAAUGACAGAACGGCCGAACAACCUUUAUGGUCAGAAACCACUGAACGGUUAAAAAACUUCGUGACUAGGAAAUAUUAUUAG